AUGUGGUCCUCCUCUGGGAGCAGCAAGAAGCCCGCUCAGUCGCCCCACCGCCGCAGGAGAUGGUCCAACUCGAUCAAUUGCUGCUUGACAGAUCGCUCAGAGUCCGUAUCGCCAUUCUGGAGACCGCCUCCAAGAGACAGCCACAGCUCUACCCCUAAGAGGAGUAUUACGUCGCCUGGAGGCCAUGGCUCCGGCCUCGUGGUCGGCGCCGCUUAUUCACACGCCGAUAUUCUCAAGUUUGACUCUCUAAACCCAUCCAGCUCCUCCCGACCAAAGACCCCCCCUUCCUCUUCCUCAACCAAGAUUCGAGUCCACGAAGCUUCUCCCCCGCCACGUACAACCCCGAGCAAGGCAUCGUCGCCGCCCUACAAGAGCUACAUCAACUUCCUCUCCAACACCAACGAUGACUGGAAGGCGGACGAAGACGAUAUGAUGGGCUACGAGGACGACGACGGUGAUGACUUUGGACUGCCAAGUCUUUCGAGCAUGAAGAGGAGGUCGCGGCGCAUCGCUACGCAGAACAGGGCCGAGUCAAGUACAUUAUCGCCGACUACAGAGGAACCUCCCGAUGCCCUUCACUCGAGACGGUAUUCAAAUAGCGCCGAUAUCGCUGUCGAGCGUCCCGCGCCUACAUAUCCCAUGCCUAAGAAGAGCGAGGGCAAGAUCCUUCGACCUCAGUAUAAGGAGAUCCUCAGAGACCCUGCCAACGCCCUGCACCUCAUCAACUACCCAACCGUUCCCGCAAACGCUACACCAAAGGAAGCCGAUGCCAUUAAUUCUCGAAUCACCCGUAUCAACAAGUUUAAGAAGCUCCUCCAAGCCUCUACCAUCUCGCUGCCCGACCUGAGGUCGCUAGCCUGGUCUGGCGUGCCCCAGGAGGUUCGCGCCAUGACCUGGCAGCUCCUCCUCAGCUACCUACCUGCAAACAGCGAGCGCCGGGUCGCCACAUUGGAGAGGAAGCGCAAGGAAUAUCUCGAUGGCGUGCGUCAGGCCUUUGAAAGGGGCGGUGGAAAUGCUGCGGCCGGUACGACUAGCACAGCCCCUACAGGCAGGACGCGGGGCUUGGAUGAGGCAAUCUGGCAUCAGAUCAGCAUCGAUAUUCCCCGAACAAACCCGCACAUCGAGCUCUACAGCUACGAGGCCACUCAGCGGUCGCUGGAGCGCAUCCUCUACCUGUGGGCGGUGCGACACCCGGCCAGCGGUUAUGUUCAGGGCAUCAAUGACCUGGUGACGCCAUUCUGGCAGGUCUUCCUUGGUAUCUACAUCGGGGACCCCAAUAUUGAGUCUGGCAUGGACCCAGGACAGCUCCCUAAGUCGGUUCUUGACGCGGUUGAGGCUGACUCCUUCUGGUGCUUGACCAAGCUGCUCGAUGGCAUCCAGGAUCACUACAUUGUGGCUCAGCCUGGCAUUCAGCGCCAGGUUGCUGCCCUCCGUGAUCUCACAGCGCGUAUCGACGGCAAUUUGUCCAAGCACUUGGAACAAGAGGGUGUAGAGUUUAUUCAGUUCAGUUUCCGCUGGAUGAACUGUCUCCUGAUGAGAGAAAUCAGUGUCAAAAACACCAUCCGCAUGUGGGACACUUAUCUGGCUGAGGAACAGGGCUUCUCCGAGUUUCACCUCUAUGUCUGCGCCGCUUUCCUCGUCAAGUGGUCCGACAAGCUCGUCCGCAUGGACUUUCAGGAGAUCAUGAUGUUCCUUCAGUGCCUCCCCACAAAGGACUGGACCGAGAAGGAUAUUGAGCUGCUCCUCAGCGAGGCCUUUAUCUGGCAGAGCCUCUUCAAGGGAUCGGCCGCUCAUCUCAAGGGUCAGCCAGCGCGUGAGCCCGUUACGAACCUGCAACUCUAG